AUGGGCAAACUUAUUAAAAAUCACUGGGGCAGGCUGAUAGUCAUCACCGCAGCAUGUAUCCAGAUGGCAGCGGCUAUCGAAGGCUUCUUCUGGCCUAAGAUCUUUUGGGACUUUCUGACGAAGAACCUCGACGGGGCAGUGAAGCCAUUUCCAACGUUACAAAUAUUCAACCUGAUAUUCUCGUUCAUUGGAUUGGCGAUGGAGUGGCCGUUGGUGCCAAUAACGAGGAUGUUGCCGGGUCUGCACCGAAGUCUGGAGGCGAGGAUGGUCAUCUACCCGCUGUUUGCAUUGGCAGCUCUGCUACAAUACCAAGCAACCAAUGCUGGGCUAUACUACCUCAUCGGAGUAGGAGUGUACUUCUGGGCAUUCAUUGAAGGCGAGACUGUAUGUCCUGAGCCAUGGACCUUGCCGAAACGGAAUCUACCACGAGCUGGCAAAGUAUAG